AAGAUGACAUCAGCGCUCUCUGGUGUCGUGGACCAUAAGCUACUUAGAGUUUCAGGUUUUGUCACGAGUAGCCGUACUUCCACGAUGACUUCCUUUUCCGACGUGGAACUUCGGGAGCUCUGUAUCCCGCGGAGUGUUUCCUGUGUCUUUUACUAAAAUGGGUUUUGUAAAAAUUGUUAAAAACAAGCAGUAUUUCAAACGUUAUCAAGUUAAAUUCAAGAGGCGACGCGAAGGAAAGACUGAUUAUUAUGCCCGUAAACGAUUGACCAUUCAAGACAAGAAUAAAUACAACACUCCAAAGUAUAGGUUAAUUGUUCGUCUAUCGAAUAAAGAUAUUACAUGCCAGGUGGCAUACUCGAGAAUCGAAGGAGAUAGAAUAGUGUGCGCAGCUUACAGUCAUGAACUUCCAAAGUAUGGCAUUAAAGUUGGUCUUACAAAUUAUGCUUCUGCAUAUUGUACCGGACUCCUUCUAGCUCGAAGAUUAUUAAAAAAAUUGGGCUUGGAUACAUUAUACACCGGUACAACAGAAGUAACUGGUGGUGAAUAUAAUGUAGAAGAAUUAGACGAAGGACCAGGGGCAUUCAGAUGUUACUUAGAUACCGGUCUCAUGAGAACUACCACAGGUGCUAGAGUUUUUGGUGCCAUGAAAGGUGCUGUUGACGGUGGCCUAAAUAUUCCACAUAGCACCAAGAGGUUUCCCGGAUACGAUAACGAGUCCAAAUCUUUAAAUGCUGAUAUUCAUCGGUACCAUAUAUUCGGGCAACAUGUUGCAAAUUAUAUGAAAAAAUUGGAAGAAGAGGAUGAGGAAGUUUUCAAACGCCAAUUUUCGCAAUAUAUUAAAAAUGGCAUCUCUGCUGACAAUAUUGAAGGCAUCUAUAAACAUGCUCAUGAAACGAUACGUGCAAAUCCUGAACACACGAAGGUCACGAAAAAAGAACUACCCGUAAAGAAACGAUGGAACCGUGCGAAACUUUCUUUGUCAGAAAGAAAGAACCGCGUAGCGCAGAAGAAAGCAUCUUUCCUUGCAACAUUGGAAGAAGCAGAGGCUUAAUCUCCAUGACGAUCAUUUUCAUUCGAUUUCUUUGUUGUAUCUGGAGCGUGCAAAUUUUCCAUUACAAUUGUCAUAAUAAACAACAACUGCAAGGAAAAGGUUAUAAAACAGAAAUAAAAGAAUA